ACUUCACUCUUUGCUCAAUGCACCAGUUCAGGAAAUAAAAAAUAAAAAAACCACACUCUCUCAGCAUCUCCGAUCAACUGAAAAUGAAGAAAUUUUCUUACUCAGCAUUCCCUUUUCUGGCGGUUGUGUUGGCGGUAAUGGUGGUGAUGGCGGCUGAGGUGCGUUUUUCAAAUGCUGUGAAUUGUAGCCCUGCCCAGCUGAGCCCAUGCCUGCCGGCGAUUAAAUCAUCGUCACCGCCGUCAAAUGAUUGCUGCGUCAAGUUAAGAGAGCAAAGGCCUUGCUUUUGUGGAUACGUGAAGAAUCCAAGCCUGAGACAAUAUGUGUCUUCUCCUCGUGCAAGAGAAGUGGUUAAAAGCUGCGGUGUUCCUUUCCCGACUUGUUAAUCAGUAAUUAAGUCAAGCUAAUCAACAAUUAAGCUCACUCUCUCCAAAUAUUAUUAUAAUAAAUGAAUGUGAGAGUUGAAAAAUGAAGAAUGGGUGAGCUUUUUGUAUUUUCUAGAAAAUAAAAUUUUAACCAAUUAUAUAUAUAUGAUUGGGAGACUAAUAUGUAUUUCUUGCAUUAUGUGAUGAUAAAUCAUAGUGAAAAUAUUCUUAAA